AUGGAUUUGAGAAAAUAUUUACAACAAAAUUAUCAUAAAAUUACGUGGAAAAAAAGAAUUGAGAUUGCUUAUUUCAUAAUUGAAUCACUUUCUCAAAUUCAAGAUGAAAAUGCAAUUCAUAGAGAUUUACAUUCAGGAAAUAUAUUACUUUUACAAAUUGAUUACUUCAUCAGUGAUCUUGGAUUUUGCGGACCAGCUGAUAAACCAUUAAAUAGUAUAUAUGGAAAUCUUCCUUAUAUAGCACCAGAGGUUAUUUCUGGAAAAGAAACUACUUUUAAGUCUGAUAUUUACAGUAUAGCAAUGUUAAUGUGGGAAAUUUCGUCAGGACAAUCACCUUUUAUUAAUUUUGAACAUGAUUGUGAUUUAGCAUUAAAAAUUAUAAAUGGAAUGAGACCAAGAGUAAUACCGGGAACUCCUUUAGAAUAUAAAAGACUAAUGGAACAAUGUUGGAAUGCUGAUCCAACAAAAAGACCUGAUAUUAAUCAUCUUAAUUAUGAAAUUCGAGAACUAUGUAGAUUAUAUUAUCAAAAUGAAGAUAUUGAACCGCAAAUAAAUAAUAAUAUACUUGUAACAAAUUAUGCAAACUCUAAUUCUACAAAUUCAUUAAUUAGAAAUCUUAGUAAAGUUCAUAUUUUUAAAGAUUUACCUGAACCAAGAAAUGCCACUGAAGGUAUAAUAUAUUAUUUUAAAAUUACGUUAUUUUAG